AUGACAACAAGUAGACCUCAAAUGCAAAUCCAAGACGAAGAGAUAAUACUAAGACCUACGUUACAUAUUACACAAGCAGGAAGAGAAUAUAAAAAUAUUAUGAGACGAAUUUGGCGUGCUUGUAAUUAUUGGAUCAAGUGUCCUAAAGACAGACAAAAAAUUUAUGGCAAUAUAGGUGAAGAAUUUUAUAAUGUGGCUCUUAUUGUAGAUGAUAUGGAAGAUCAUACAAUACUUCGUCGAGGAAUUCCUGCUGCUCAUAUGCUUUAUGGAAUUCCAUUGAUGGUACAAGCUACGAUUUACAGGACUAUUCUUUCACUUGAAGAAUUGUUCCAUUAUUUAGAAGAUAGUAAGGAAGAAGCUACUGAUUCAUUAAUCAAGCUCGGAAUUGGUUCAUUUACAGGACAAGGAGUAGAGAUUCACUUCACUGAUAUCGCUCAGUGCCCUACCUUCGACGAUUACAGAGCGAUAAUUUACGGCAAUAUGUUGAAAAACAAGCCACUGGAAAUGGAAAGUAAGAAACUCUUCGUAGAUAUAAUGGAAAGUUUUGGAAGUUUUGAGUACACUAGAAAAGUACUGGAAGAUAUGAAAAAUGGUGUUUUUGACGAAGUCGACAACUUGAAGUUAGAGAAAAAUCCACAUUUGGAACGAGUUCUUGAAGAUAUAUAUAGACUAAAUUAG